ACCCACCUCAUCCCUUGCCCUUUCUAGUUGGCUUUGCACUGCUCUUAUAUGGACCUGCAAUGUUCCAAUAAGGAAAGAACCCUGCAAGUCAGAUUCUGCAUAAACACCAUCCAGCCCUAUUCUGAAGCCUGACAUAAUCUUGCACAUAUGUAUACCAGUUUCCUGUGCACAAUACAUUCUGUUUCCUGGAAUAAUGAGGGAAGAGAGGAAGCUAUGUGGAAACUUUGUGCUUGGCCUUGUAUUCUGCCUCCUGCUUCUGAGACUGUUUCCUGAACACCUGUCCAAAUCACAGGGAUCAGGCCUGUGCAGAGCUUGUCUGUGGCCCAGGGCAGAACCUUGGUAGAUUAAAAUUAUAAACUGAAAAAGCAGACAGUGCCUGGCAGGGCCCCCUGCUGGCAUAGCCAUCCAAGGCCUGGGGCAAGUGUACCCAGCUGUCUCCUCCUGCAGUGGCCUGACAGGUACUAAAAGCCUGGAUUGUCUGUGUGGGGGUGUGAAUUUUUUUUUAGAGGUUAGAAGGCUGAUAUUCUCAAAAACCUGAAUUCUGAACUAGGUGCCACAUUCCAGAUUUGUGAGCUAUGGAUUCACAAGAGCCCUGGUACCACAGCUACAUGUUGCUCAUUUGUUGUUUGUUUGACCUCUUGUCCUUGAAAUGUCGGAAGUUGGUGUUAAGAAUCAAAGGCCUAGCCCCUGCUAGAGACUUGGCACUGUAAGCAGCCGAAACACAGAACAAAUGGCCGCGGUCGGUUAUGCUGGCAUAUGCAUAUUUUCUAAAUAGUUUUCUAAAUCUUUAAAUUCUAAAUAAAUAAACAAAUGGUAGCCCACUUCCAAACUCAAAUGAGGAUGUGGGUUUCCCAUGUUUUUGGCAUCUCCUUGGGGUCUCUGGAAGUUAACAGUGCAAUCCUAUGUGUGUCUGCUCAGAAGUGAGUGCUCCCUGUGUCCAGUAGGGCUUACUGCCAGGUUGGUGUGUAUAGAAUUGCAGUCUAAAUCUCUUAAGUCUGGGGUGAGAGCAUUUAAAAGCAGCAGUAACACUGUGUUUGAGAGACUGGCCACAACAUGCCAGGAUAGCUACUUCUGGUAUAUCUGCAUACACAAGUAUAAAGGGGAAAAUCUACAGAUGUCGACAUUAAAUGCCAAUGAAAUGCAAAAAGUUAAGUCUUUGGCAAUUCAGUUAGAGCUUAAACUCUGAAAUAGUAACUAAGGUGCAAGAGCCUGGAGCAAUGUAAAAAUAUUCAGUAGACUUAGAAUAAGUUCAACCCAGCUUCUACAGGGGUUACAGAUUAUUAUAUGCUGAUGGUACCCAAGAAUAUACAUGCAUAUGCAAUUAAAGGGGCCAGUCGACCCACCAACUUCACAAAUCAUUAGUACUGUAUAGUGAAGUUAAACUUGUACUGAUGAGUAUCAGCUUUCAUAGACUGGGACUCUGGGUGAAUCUGGACAAUUAUAUCUUGGUUUAUUAAGCUGUGGUAUGUAUGAGCCUUUUCUUCCUAUGCAGUUUGCACAUAGCUCCUUUGCUCAUCUAUUAGCUGCGAUUCAACCAGGAAGUAUGUAAUCAUCAUUACAGUUUAAAAGGGUUCUGUGCACAGUCAUUCAUAGUGAUCUAGUCAUCUGUACUGGACUUUUACCUGCCAAAGGAAAACGUUUCUCUUUUAUUUUUAAAGAGUAGUUUCCCUUUAUAUUGAUCUCUCACAUCUGGUAGUUCAGUUUAGGUACUAAAUAUCCUAUUCCCACGCUUUGGGUCACUGCUUCCAAUAUGUCAUCACACCAGGUUCCAUUUGGUGUCUUCUGCUACUUUUGUUCUAAAAAAAUAAAUACACAUACGACACAUCCAAAUAUAAUAAAACCAAUUUUAAUGGGGAUGCAUCUUGAGUCUGACAAUUUACCAGGUCCCAAGAUAGAGCUAGUUUGGUGUGUGUGUUUUUGUGUUUUUUAAAGAAACCCUACAGAACUCUCUCUGCAAAAGAACAAAUGCUAAUUGCUUGCCAUUUUUCUGCCCCUAACUGAACUGUGGUUACAUUGAUUCUUAGUUAUUUAAUUACAGAAAGUGUGAAAGUACUUUUUUUAAAAAGGAAAAACAGAAAAGCCUCUAGUGGUGUGUGAAAUAUUUGGAGGGGAGGUUCAGCUUGUGAUCCUUGGUGUGAGAACAGGAGUGUUAGAAAUGUGUAAGUGUGUUCUUGUUUUCAUUUUCUGUGAAAUGCUAAUGGGUCUGUUGCAACCAUCAUGCAGUCCCUUGAUCAGUAUUUUUAAAACGCUGCUUGUAAGUGGAUAUUCUCUCUCUCUCUCUCUCUCUCUGGAAUUUUACAAAUCAAUAUUAGAAGUCAAAGACACAAAACUGCAAAAGAAAAACAAAACAGAAGAGUGUACAAUGUAGGAAAAUGUUGCACCAUAAACAAGCAUCUUUAGAUAAGGCAUAGAGGGCAAAAGAAUUAUUAUGUAAUGAGAAAGGUCCAGCUGUUAGUCAUAGCCAUAACCGACUGUUUUCGGAACGAGAGAGGCCUCUUUAUUAACACCAGUUAACAGUUCGGCGUUGAAUAAAAGGAUACCAAUCAUUAAGAUGAUCGAAAUACAGUAGCUUGUUCAGUGACUGCGCUUUUGUUUUUCCCCAGCAGAGGGCGCUUGCGGUUAAUAAAUGUCCCCAGGGAGAUUAUUAUCAUCGCCUCUUCCACAACUUUUUUUUUAUUACAGUAUUUUAUUUUUUAAAGGGAGGAUAGGAUUGCAAUCCUAUACCACUUCAACCCUGGGAAGAAACCCCAUUGGACUCAAUCGGAAUUAUUCUUGAGUAGAAAUGAUUGAGUAGAAGAUUAAGCUUUUAGCACUGAGGGGGGGGGGAAAGGAAAGAAAAAGAAUAAUGAACCCGAAUGUGGGAGUUAAAAACACCUCCUUAAAGUGUGAUAUACUUUGUGGGCGAUUCCUGAGCAAGAGAUUUGCAGCAAUCGAAAGCUACCGCUUCAGUUUCAAGACCGGUUGCAUAGCCGGAAUGACUUCACGGCGGAACUGAACGCAGAGAAUGUUAGGUGACGGGGAAGAGGUUCGGCCCCGGACAUGGUCCGCCUCGCUUAUUUGCAUGGCAGAGCUUGAGCAGCCAAUUAAGGAGUGAAGAGCUGCAGAAAUAUCCACAUAACAACUUGAAAGAGAAUCCAGUUUGCUCAGGUCUGUGAAGCUGGCACAGGAAGGGGGGAAUUUGGUGAGCGAGAAAGAUGAUCUUAAAAUAGAUGAUCUUAAAAUAGAUUGGAGACCUACUGGUAGAACUCUAGGUUACUUGCUAUAGAGUGACCUGGAAUUUGCUAACCAUUUAACAAGAGCAACAACAAAUAGUGAAUGAUGAUGUAAGGACUUGUACACAAGCCUGCAUUGCCAACUAUCCCAAUGGAAGAGGCUCCCAAACCAACAUACCAGGAGGAACUGGAAUGGUGCAUCUCUCAACUGGAGACCGGUCUCCUGCAUCUCAACCCAACUCCAAAGCAAGUAGAGGAGACGCAGCGCAUCCUUGGGGUCCUUCGCUCGAGCAAAUCUCCUCUUGUGAAAAAGCGGCAGGUGAUGCACCAUGUCUUUGGAGACUACCGGCUCAAGAUGGCAGAGGAGAGGCAGAGGGCAGCAAAAGCAGCUGUGAAGCCCGAGAACACUGUGCAGAUACAGCCAGGAGAUACCCUCAGUUCAAGCAGCGUGGCGUACAGGAAGCAAGCCAACCACCCUUCUGCAGCACCAACAUCAUUGUUUGCACCGUCAGACAACAGCUUUCAGUUUGACUUUGUUAUUUCCAAGGGAACCUCAGAAGAAAUUGGUGGAACUGCGAGAGAAGCACAUGAGGUGGCUGACUCCGGAGAGCAGUCCACUGGUAGCCGUCUCUCUGGGACACUGGACAUUGGAACAGAGAAGCCCGAGUUUGCUUUCAACUUUGUCAUACCAGACGUUCCCCCUCUUCCAUCUGCUGCCGAAGAUCCAGGCUCUGAAGCUGUGGUAGAAGCAGCCACAGAGGUAGACUCCACAUCCCAAAAUGCCACAGAGACCAUGCCACCAGAGAGUGCGACUUUUUCAAAACCCAAUAAAUCAGCUGUGAAGGGCAAUGGAGGUAGAAGAGAUGAAGGCCCCGUGCAAGAGGUUUCUAAAUCAGAGACUGCCCAAGCAGGAACAAAGCUGAGUGGAUCUUCCAAUAGGAAAAAGAAAAAGAAACAGCCACCUUUAAAAGGAGCACAUGGUGGCAAUGUAAAUGGAGAUCCCAGACCUUGUGGAGAAGGUAGACUUGACCAAACUGACAUGUGUCAGUCAGAUGAACAGAUGAAGAGGGAGGUGGACUGGUGCAUUGAGCAGCUGGAGCUUGGCCUGAAGACUCGGAAAUCAACUCCCAAGCAGAUGGAUGAGGCACUCAGGGCCAUCAAGACUCUGCGCAGCGAGAAGGCGGUGCUGGCAAAGAAGCGCCAGUUGAUGCGUGCCCUAUUUGGCGAUUACAGGAAAAAAAUUGCAGAGGAAAAACAGAAGCAGCUGAAGCUCAUGCAAGCAGCGUCGAAAGCAGCUCGUAUUGCAGAAGUGACUGAAGAUGCUUGCAGGAAGAGCAGCCGGGUUUUCAGGAAGUCCGCAGUCAUGGCCAGGAGGGACCAGAGACCUGCAGGGUCCUUUAUCCCGUCUUCUACGCAGACAGCUUCUACUGAGACGUGCUCUUUUGCACUCACAUCUUCCCAAGAGGAAUUCUGCUUCAAUUUUUUCUAAGGAAGUUUGUUGAAUACUUUGAACAGGUUUCUUUCACCUGGGUCUUAGAAACUUGGGCAAGGUUUGCGUUUUGAAAAACCAAAGAAACAAGCAAGCCAAAAACUUACUUGCAGAAAGGCUGCAAAAAAAUGGAAUCAGGUAUGUUGUUGAGUAGCCUGGAAAGCCUAAUGGAAGUGCCUUAGGGGAGGAGGAGAAAGGGGGGUCUGGUGUAAUCUGUGCAGGCCCCCAUGAAAUAAGUGGUAGCUUAAUAAACAUCGCAGCACAUGGCUUGCACCCAAGGAUUCUGGGAGUUGUACAAUUUCCAGCGCUCUGAACAAACUACAUCUCCCAGGAUUCUUUGGGGGAAGCCAUGUGCUUAGGAUCUACUUUAAAUGUACGGUGUGCAUGCAGACAGAGUGGGUGUCUUUUUCUUUUUAAAUCUUGGUGGAAAUCUAGUAAAAUAGCUGGUAGAGAAGAGAGGUAAUCAGCAGGAAGCAAAAGAAUGCCUAGCCAAAGAUGGACUGUAAAAAUACAGCAGGUGCAUCUAUGUCAUCAGAAUUACUUUACACCUUGUAAUUAAACCACUUUGACGUUUUUGGGUUAUUUUUUCAAUCAAGUGGUAUAUAAAUUUUAUGAAAUAAAAUAAUUGAAUCCUC